AUGGACCAACAUGCUAAUUCCACAGCAAUUACAGAAUUCUUCCUCCUUGGAUUUCCAGAUGUUCAUCGUGAAUAUUACACAGCAGUUGGAUCCCUUCUCCUCCUCCUGUAUCUCACAAUUAUAGGAGGGAACAUUUUCAUUAUUGCAUUUGUGUCCUAUGAAAAGAGCCUUCAAAAACCAUGCUACCUGAUCUUCUGCAAUCUUGCUGUGGUGGACAUUGCUUUUGGAACCAUCACAAUGCCUAAAACAAUUGCAAAAUAUUUGCUUAAAGAUGAAACAAUACCAUUUCAUGCUUGCUUUAUACAAAUGUUUUUUGUCCAUUAUUGUGGAAAUGUUACAUCUUUCAUUUUGCUAUUAAUGGCUGCUGAUCGAUUUAUUGCCAUAUGUAACCCCCUCAGAUACCCUGCACUUGUUACAAACCAUUCCACAGCAAUUGCAUGUCUACUGACCUGGGUGCUUCCAAUCCCACUGAUGACAGCUGUAGUUCUAAAGACAAUAGCUGAGCACUACUGUGACUCCAAUGUAAUAGAGCAGUGUUUUUGUGACCAUAAUUCUCUAGGUAAAAUAGCCUGUAGUGAUUUUAGGCAUGUAAAGCUAUUGACCUUUUGUAUAUUUAUGACUGUUCUGUUGUGCCCUCUUGCUUUCAUCGUGUUGUCCUAUAUAGCAAUCAUCAUAACUGUCUUAAAAAUAUCCAAUGCUCAAGCAAUGCAGAAAGCAUUCUCCACAUGUAGCCUUCAGCUCCUUAUUAUAGGCAUUUAUUAUGUGCCCCGGUGUGCCGCUUAUAUUACUGACCAAAAGGUCCAAAUGAACAUUAGUGCUCGCAUUAUGAUUUGUAUGUUAUAUAGUCAGUUUCCCCCUCUUGUCAAUCCAGUGAUAUUCUCCUUUCAAACUAAACAAAUCCGAGAUGUUUUCAUGAUGAAAUUAAGAAAGGUCAUGUCAAAUUAUUAA